UGUCACAUGUUCUUCUCAUACCUGAUUCAAAAAUUGAAGCGACAACUAUCUCCUUUUUCAGGAGUCGUUUCUUCACUUGUACAACUGCAACGUAGUCCACAAGAAACUAUUCUUAAGGGUUUCCGUAGUCGAAGCUAUGGUAAAGAUGUUGUCGUUGGGAUGUAUUGGGGACGCUAUGAUUCUAUGCAGUCCUUAUUUGGUCACAUACAAACUUCGAGGAAACAAAGCCUUGGCUUUAUGUCACUAUCUGUUCUACAGAGUUGUUUAACCUGUUUUCAUUCCCUGCACCGUUGGAGACUGUCUUUUUCUUCAAGGAAGUUUUCUCGACUCAAGUGUAACGUUCAACCCAGUCGAGUUGACUCGAGAGUGCCAAUAGUAAUAAAUACUUCAUCAGAAGAAGAAAUUCCCAAGGAAACGUCUUGUAAGCAUCCACGGAUUGCGGAACUUACAAGGAAUCAGUUGCCUACAGAGCAACUCUCGUGGGAAGAUGUAGAAAGACUUACCUGCCACUUGGUACAUAAAAUUAAGGAAGAACAGUAUAUAUUUGACGCAAUUCUUGCCAUUACGAGAGGCGGUCUAAUUCCUGCUACUAUUGCUGCGGAAACUCUUGAGCUUCGAACAGUUUUUGUGGCCACUGUUAUCUUUUAUGGUGACCGAGGUGAUCCUUUUUAUGGCUUGGCAGAACCUCGCAUUUUGUUUUUUCCAGAGAAAGCAUCACUGGAAGGUAGAAAGGUUCUUGUUAUUGAUGA